AGUUAGCGAACAGUAUUAAAGGACGACAGGGUCGUCAGCAUGGCUCUAGAGAAGCUAUCAUCAAACAAACAAUGGAGCGAGAGAGAGCUCAGUAUGAAGGCAAUGGCUUUGAAAUCCCUGAUAUCAUCAACUCUAAGCAUCUGAAAAUAUUCAGAGAGUGGACCGGUGACCUCAAGAAACUCCCCAACAUUAAGAUGAGAAAUGUUUCAGCCAAAGGCUCUGAUAGCACCGUGUCUGCAGUUUCACAAGAUAAACACGUGGAAGAAGAGAAUAAGGAAGAUGCAUCUCGGAAUUCUGAUACAGAGCUAUAGUAAUCCUGCAGCUCUACUACAGUUUACUGUAGAGGAAUGGACAUCAUGCUGUGUAAGCACAGAAAGAGCAAGACGUUGCUUUGUGUUACUAGUGCUUCCUAAUGGUAACCAGAGUGUACUGAGCCUCUUGCAAAAAUAUGUUGUUGUGAGGAAGGGUGUUACUUAGUCACUCAGGUAACAGUAUCAUUAGUUCAUAAAUAAACAGAGACUUUGAAACCGUUUGAGACAUUCACUGGUUUAUUGCACGGACUGAUUUUUGCAUGUUUCUUUUAU